AUAAAAAAUAAUAAUAAUAAUUCAUAUAUUUUUUUAUAUAUUUGGCAGCAGACAAAAUGUCUCUGGUAGUAAAAUUGUAGUAAUACUUAACAAUUAUAUUUUGGCAUAUUUUGCCAUUAGUCUUGAUAAUUUAGUUGCUGUCAACCGGGUAAAUAGGUUGGCUCAACAUGACUGAAGAAGGAAGUUUAGUGGUUCCAAUCGUUCUUUGGGGUAAAGUACCACCCACCCACUGUAUAUCAUGCAUGUACUUGUCUCGUGAUCAGAAGACCUUGGUCACGGGAUGUUAUGAUGGUCACAUUUGUCUAUGGCAAGUUGAUCCUGAGACGCUCAAGAUGACACCUAGAUGUCUUUUGGUCGGACACACGGGUUCAGUGAUGUGCCUCAGCCGUGCAAGUGACGUCUUGGAGUUGGAUUACAUCGUCAGCUGCAGUGAGAAUGGGGAAAUGUGUACCUGGGAUUUAGUAAAUGGAAAUUGCCGCGAAAAUGUUAAAAUUGCCUACGUCCAUACUCAGAUGUUUGCUUACGUUUCAACAGGCAGUGACAAAGUUUCAUUAUUUUGUUCUGGAUAUUAUCCAGAAGUUUUAGUAAUGGACCCAUUCAGUCUGGAAAUAUUAUACACGUUAAGUUCACGUGUAAAUCCAGAUUGGAUUAGCGCAUUACAAGUACUGAGGCCGGCCAAACGGAAAGGUCGGUUCUUAGUACACACAAAUGACGUGGUACUUGCAAUCACGACAACGGGUACUGUCAAAGUCUGGUCACUUUUUGGAAAGGAGCAACAAGCCAAGGAUCCGAUUUAUGAGAACGAGAGCAAACAGAUCAAGUGUCUGAAUGCUCUUGCCAUGACCUGCUGCGCGUACAACCAUCGGACAGUUUUGAUUGUCUGUUCUAAUAGUUGGCAGGUCUACGAUGCUGCUGAUUUUUCAUUACUUUGUUCAGUGAAUGCACCUCAGAAGGAACGUUGGGUAGCUGGAGAUUUCUUAUCAACAGAUCAAGUAUUAAUUUGGACUGAUGAAGGCCAUGGUUACAUCUAUAAAUUACCAUCAAACAAGCUGAAGGGCAAGGCUCUCAGCAGCAGCGUGGCAGAGAAUCACGACUUCCACACAUCUUCAAUUGAGAGCGAUCAACCUUACAGUUUUUGUAUUCUAUCGUAUCCCGGGGAAAAGCCUCUAUCGUGCCCGCCGACAAUGAAAUUAGUAACAGCAACGCGUCAAAAUAAACCAGUUAAAUAUCUAAUUCGCGGUGACAGCGAAGGUGUUAUUAUGAUUUGGACAGUACCAGAGAUGACGUCCCAGCAAAUUUCCGAAAUAAAUAACAGUACCAACGAGCUCGUACUAUCGCCGACAAUAAUAACAAGCUUAUCAGCAGCUUGGGAUGCCAUGAAACCACCACCGGUAGGAAUCCUCGAUCAGAUGGACACGGGAGAGACGAUAAAAUUGACAGCUUGUAUAUAUUUACCCCAACAAAGUCGUCUGGUUGUUGGCCGCGAGGACGGCAGUAUAAUUAUAGUGCCAGCAACUCAGACCGUAAUGUUGCAAUUGCUGCAUGGAAACCAUCAGCAUUACGAUGAUUGGCCGCCGCAUCAAGUUCUUAUGGGGCAUUCUGGACGCGUUAAUUGUCUUCUUUAUCCUCACAGUCAUUCUCCGCGCUACGACCGCACGCAUUUAGUCUCCGGUUCUGUUGAUUUCGCUGUUUGUUUAUGGGAUUUAUAUACCGGGAAUUUGGUCCAUCGUUUUUGUGUCCAUGCUGGUGAAAUUACACAGUUGACAAUAACUCCUGAUAAUUGUAGUCCAAGGAUACAAAAAUGUAUAUGCAGCGUAGCUUCAGAUCACAGCGUAACUCUUUUAUCACUUGCGGAAAGGAAAUGUGUUGUACUCGCGUCGCGUCAUUUAUUCCCGGUCACUACAAUAAAGUGGCGGCCAUUGGACGAUUUUAUGAUAGUCGGGUGCUCUGACGGUGCUGUCUACGUAUGGCAAAUGGAAACAGGACAUCUGGAUCGUGUUUUACAUGGAAUUAUUGCCGAAGAAGUUUUAUUUGCCUGUAGUGACAACACUAUAAUUACUGGAGACGCAACUGCUGGUGGAGAACUUGGUCUCGCAAAUCCUGCGGUUCAUUUCUUCAGAGGAUUGAGACAUCGAAAUUUGUCGGCUAUUCGGCACGCAACUCAACGAGGAUUACAUCAGUUACAGCAACUUCAUGGCGGGCAUGGCGAUCAUCACGACAGUCAACUGAAAACUAAAGACUACCCAUUAAAUAUCGAAGGGUUUAGAGGGAAUCCAAAAGAUCCGGAAGGACAUAUUCUGUUCUUCAAUGUCGAGGCACUGAUAGUGCAAUUAUUGAGUGACGAGUAUGGCUCGAUGUCUCCUGGAUCAUUAGAGGCACAGGGUUUAAUUUCAGCGUCUGAGUAUCAAAAAGUUGCGGCCCUCACACAAUCGGCUAGUCCUGAUGCCCAUAGAAAAAUCGCAGAUUUUUUCGGUCGUGUCAAGGACAAAGCUGGCGACGUCGAAAGAAUUUUAAAGGAGAAAGAUCGUCAUGGUAUAUUGGCUAAAAUGAAGGAAGGAGCUGAAAACGUACACACUAAAUUACAAGCUAAAGCUGAGAGUGUUGGCCUCAAGCCGUUAAAUCUUGACGGCAAAGGUGAAGGAUGGAAUAAUGGUGAUGGUUCAAGAAAUACAUUGAAACGUAAUGGUAAUUUCAAUGAGCCUAAUUCGACAAUGGAAAUAGCGCAAUUACUACUGAGUCUUCUCCAUGCCUGGGGUAUGGAUCCAGACCUGGAUCGUGUUUGCGAAAGUAAAUUAGGAUUAUUACGACCUAUGGUACCCGUUUCAUUUGGUGUCAUAUGUAAAUCAAGCUACAUGACUUUGCUGUUACCAACAUGGCACCUACAGUUGGACCUAAAAAUAGAGCCUACUCAGUUAGAACAACGUCUGCCAAUAGAACUAGUCCGUCAAGAUCGCCUAACAAAAGCAUUUACAGCCCGCGCACACUGGGAAUUAUCAACGACCUUAACAUCAAAUCAUUUAUUGACAGUAGUAGCACUAGCGAAUACUCUGAUGUCAAUGAAUAAUGCGACAUUUGUACCUGAGCAAGAGCGCAAUCGUAAAAUGCACAGACCGGGUAAUCGUGCUGGGGUUAAUUGGAACAAAGCUGAGGAAGAAAAUGAAGAAAUGUAUACUGUGCAACAAGCGCAGAUUAAACAAGGCUGGUCAUUACUGGCGACACUUCACUGUGUUUUAUUGCCGGAUAAAGUUGCUGCUUUGGGCGGAGUAAAGACAUUUAAGCGUCCGCUGGUAGAAAUGAUGGCUUGCAGAUGGCAAGAUCAGUGUCUUGAGUUACGUGAAGCUGCUCAAGCUCUUUUGCUGGCUGAGUUGGGUAGACUAGGACCUAAAGGAAGAAAAACUUUGGUCGAUUAUUGGGCACAAUAUUUACCCAAAGAUCCGCCCAAGGAGUCUGCGCCUCAGCAGCAAAACCACAGUCACAGUCCGUCGUCCUCAAGUCCGGUUCCUAAUGCUGACAAUAAAACAGAAACAAAUCAUGAGGGCAAUCAUGCUGAUGAAAUUUGUAACUCACGUAAACCAAAUGAAGCGGAAGUGAGGACUAAAGAGCACACGGCGAUAGUAUUAUUAGGAGUAAUCGGUGCUGAGUUUGGUCAAAAUGUAUCGACUACAACGAGCCAACGUCGUGACAGCGAGCGACGGAAAAGUUCUGUCGUUGAAGGUUUUGGUAUUGGCAAUAAUAAUUUGGCGAGACUUACCAGCAUGUCUUUGAUGCGUUUGCUCUUAGACCCGCACCAAUUUAAGCAGCAGACUCAUUCGUCACUCCGUCGGGCGGCUAUUGAUUUGAUCGGCCGCGGAUUCACUGUCUGGGAGCCGUAUCUCGACAUCUCUAAAGUACUUCUUGGUCUUCUGGAGAUGUGCUGCGAUGCAGACAAACUUGUGCCCAGUAUGACUUACGGAUUGCCGCUGACUCCACAAGCAGAUACAUGUCGUACUGCUCGACACGCUCUCACGUUAAUUGCUACCGCACGACCCGCGGCAUUCAUUACAACUAUGGCACGUGAAGUCGCGAGGUUCAACGCGAUCCAACAAAAUUCACAGACACUUAAUGUCAAUGUCAAUUCUAAUAUACUAGCACGGGCUAAGCCUGAAAUUUUACGUAUCGUAGAGCAGUUGAUUGACAAAAUGCAAAGUGAGAUGAGUGAUCUCUUAGUUGAAGUAAUGGAUAUUAUUCUUCAUUGUCUUGAUCCCGGUCAUUUGAAAACUAAGCCCCUUAAUGAAGUUUUCCCAGCAGUGUGCAGAUUUAAUCAGGUCAGUCACUGUUCAGCUACACGUCGAAUAGCAGUCGGUGGUCGGGUAGGUCAAUUAGCACUCUACGAAUUACGUGGCACCGUUAAAUGUCAAACAGUGUCUGCUCAUCAAGCUUCUGUCACAGCUCUGGCAUUUUCGCCGGAGGGAAAAUUUUUAGUCAGUUAUUCUUGCACGGAAAAUAAAUUAUGCUUUUGGCAGCAAACAAGUAGUGGAAUGUUUGGUCUAGGUAAUUCUCAAACACGCUGCGUCAAAUCGUACAGUACAGCACCGAUGAAUGAUGUCACUAGAUUAAAUCCAAUGCGGCUGGCCCGUUUAAUAUGGAUUAAUAAUCGUACUGUCACUUUGAUGCUUGCGGAUGGUUCAGAGACACGCUUUAAUGUUUAAUUAAUAAAUAUAUAUAUAUAAAUAAAUA